CGCGACUGUAAGCCCACUCCGCCAUUCUGCUCAUUCUAUGAGCUUCGCUUCAUGUACAAACCCCGACAUCAGGUAGACAAUAGACAGUAGACUCUAUCUAUCCCCUUGCCACAGUGGAACAUUUAACCCAGCCUCGAAAACAAAGCUACCCGCAAAACAAGCUCAUUCGCGUCCAGUUUCUACUUGUCGAUCACCGUCAUGGUCAUCCAACGCCGCCGGUCAUGGACACGGCGAUUACCACUGCUGGCUCAAACGGUCGCCAUACUAGCACUGGUGUUACUGCUCGUGCAAACGGCAUAUGCGAAAGACGCUGACUCUUCUUCGCCCGCGAAAGAGGCCUACUGCUCGCCACUAGGCCCAAUAGCCGACGCCCGGUGCGAAUACCAAACCAUCGAAAAAGUCAACCGCGAACUCUCCCCCAUCCUCACAUCCCUCGUCCAAACCUCCUUCUUCCGCUACUGGAAAACCGCCCUUCACAAAGACUGCCCCUUCUGGCAAGAAAACCCGCUCUGCGUGCUCCGCGACUGUUCCGUCAUCGAAGCCGAGGACUCGGAGAUACCGGAGCAUUGGAAAACCGCUAGCUUAUCCGUUGUGGAUCGGUCCCCGCUGGGGUCGCCGUUCAAUUUCAUGGAGAAGAGCUGCGAGUUUGAGGAGUCGGAUUUCUGUGUCGUGGAGGAUGAAUGGUCGACGGAUGGGAGUUAUGUAGAUUUGAUUAAGAAUCCGGAGCGGUUUACGGGCUACUCGGGGGAGUCGCCCGAGAGGAUCUGGAGGGCGAUUUAUCAGGAGAAUUGUUUUGGGUACCCGAAUCAGGGCAGUAUUUCGCCGCUUUUGGAGCCGGCGGAUCAGGAUGCGGAGAAUACUUGUAUUGAGAGGAGGGUGUUUUAUCGGCUGAUUUCUGGCCUGCACUCCUCCAUCUCCACCCACAUCUGCGACCAAUACCUAGACCGCAACACCGGCGUCUGGAUGCGCAACCUAACCUGCUUCGCCGACCGUGUCGGCAACCACCCCGACCGGAUCCAAAACAUGUACUUCACCUACACCAUCCUCCUCCGCGCCAUCGAAAAACUCUCCCCCUUCCUCCGGGACCACGAAGUGCACCAUUUCUGCACGGGCAACGGCGCUGACACGCAAAAGAUCGAAGACCUCGUGACACAGGUCGGCGAUUUGAGCGCGAAAUGCGGCCCGACGUUUGAUGAGACGUCGAUGUUUGUGGGCCCGGAUAGCCAGAUCUUGAAGGAGCAGUUCAAGACCCAUUUUCGGAAUAUUUCAUUGAUCAUGGAUUGUGUGGGGUGUGAGAAGUGUCGGCUUUGGGGGAAGUUGCAGAUUUCGGGGCUGGGGACCGCUUUGAAGGUUCUUUUCUCGUAUGGGGAUAAGCCCGAGCUUUACCGCCUUACCCGCGGAGAAGUGGUCGCUCUCUUCAACACACUCCACAGACUCUCAGAGAGCGUGGAAGCACUUGACCGCUUCCGAGACUUACACGAAAAGCAGGGUCUGGACCAAACACCCGCCCCAGAGCUCGCCGAGGAAAGCAGAAAGAUGUCAAAACUCCGCAAACCCUCCCCCCCCUUCCCCACCUCCUCCCUCCCGCCGCUCCCCCUCAUCGACCUCCUCAACUACACUAACCCCUUCCAACCCACCUACUACUUCUCCUACAUCCUCGGAUCCGCCAUCCUUCUCUACGGCGUCGUUAAGAUCGCUCGCCGCGGGUGGCAGCUGCAUAAGGGGACGAUUCCGUUACCGGAGGGGUGGGAGGAACGGAAUGGGGGGAAGGGUGAGGACAUUGUUGUGGAGAAGCGGGUGGAGGUGGGGAGGACGAAGGUGGAGAGGAGGGUGUUGAAUGGACGGGUGGAGGAGUAGCUGCGAUUUUUUGCAACGACGUGCGAGUCAGGAGGGAGAUUCCCUCGAAGCCAAAUUAGAUAUUGUCUGCCACGAUAGAACUGCAUUGCAUCAUUUAUGUACUUUUUGGGACUCGGGGAAACUGGUGUAUAUAUACGAGUUGGCAGCAUACAUUCACG